UUGUUGUCAUCACACCAUGGCAGACAUGGGCUAUCUCCACAAUGAAUCGUGGACAAACAUGACUUUAGAUGCAUCUGCCUCAUCGUUCAGUGGACUCCAGCUCCUGAUGGACCUGAAGCCACUCUUCAUCCCUCUGUAUGCAAUGCUUGUCCUGGUUGCGUGCUCUGGAAAUCUCCUCCUUCUCAUCCUUAUUGGAAUGAACAAGAAACUUCACAGCACUACAAACUUCCUCAUCGGAAACCUGGCCCUGGUUGACCUGGUUAUGUGCCUGUUCUGUGUUCCUCUGACUGCGUUUUAUGCCUUUGAUGAGCGCGGUUGGGUUUUUGGCCAGUUCAUGUGUCAUUUUGUUACCCUGAUGCAGACUGCGACUGUAUUUGCGGCAGUUCUUUCAUUAACCGCCAUUGCGGUGGACCGAUACGUCGUGGUCGCAUACCCGAUUCGCCGUCGCGGAGGUCGAUCCUUCUGCACAUGGUUGGUGGUCAGCAUAUGGCUCUGCGCAUUAGCAAUGUCCACCCCAAGCGCUCUGCACACGGUCUACCUGGAUCUGAGCGCAACAGGACAUGAAAUGGUGGUUUGUGAGGAGUUCUGGCAUGGUCAGGAGCUCAAUCGUCUAAUAUAUUCAUGUUUCUUCUUGCUCCUUUCUUAUUUUGUUCCUCUAGCAGCAGUUUCCAUAUCCUACUGUGCAAUCUCCUGCCACCUGCAACACAGAGCUACGCCUCGGCUCAUGGCUCCUACACCUUCCAACCAGGAAAAGUGGGGGCGCAAGAGGCGCAAGACGUUUCGACUCUUACUGGUGUCUGUUCUGUCAUUCGCAUUCUCCUGGCUUCCAUUGCAGGUGGUCAACCUCAUACGCGACCUCGACACCGACUUCGCCAUCCUGAGCAAGAAUCACAUCAAUGUGAUCCAGGUGUCGUGCCACUUGUUAGCCAUGAGCUCGGCCUGCUACAACCCUUUCAUUUAUGCUUCUCUGCACAACAAGUUUCUGUCAUAUCUUUGCCAGAACAUAUUUCAAAGAAAACCUCAUCAUUCUCAAAGCAGCCUCACAACCUCCAGCCGAAUACUUCGCUUGAAUACCUCUAGUACUCUAGCUGACAUUCCCAUGGCUAUUUGCAAGAUUUCACAAGAUUGAAUCUUCUCUCCAACACAAAAAUGUUGCUUCUUUAGGUUCUAGAACUGUGCAGAUAAAUACUGUACCAUGAUCAAAAUUGAUUAAUAAAAUUGAUUAACCAAUCACUCUAUUGUUAAAGGGUUUGUUCACCCAAAAAUGAAAAUUCUUCUUCCUGGGUUACUCUCUUCUGCCAUUUUGUGACGUAAUCACGUAAUCAGCGUUGUUUACAUUCAGUAGAAAGCGUGCGGAAGAUGGUAACUCGGGAAGAAGAAUUGUUGAAUAAAUUAUAUUAUUAUUGUUUUCUUUGCGUACAAAAAGUAUUCUCGUAGCUUCGUAAAAUUACGGUAAAACCCCUGGUGUCACAUGGACUAUUUUUUCGAUGUCCUUGCUAUGUUUCUGGACCUGGGAACAUUACAGUUGCAUUGCUGUCCAUACAGGGCCAGAGAGCUCUCAGAUUUCAUCAAAAAUAUCUUAAUCUGUGUUCCGAAGAUAAACAAAGGUCUUAUGGGUUUGGAACAACAUGAGGAUGAGUAAUUAAUGACAGAAUUUUCAUUUUUCGGUGAACUAACCCUUUAAAGCUGUAUGUACUUAAUUGAUUCCUGAGGAAAAUUUUAAACAUUUGCAUCAAGUAUUUCUGGUCAAAUUGUUCAGAUGUUAUUAGCAAAAAGGUACAUUUUUCAUAUCUUCACCAGUAGGUGGUGUUGUGUCAAAACUACUCAUGUAUCCUCAGGUCAUGCUUGUGUUGAUAUGUACCAUGUUUCAUACGUCCAUUUUGGCAUGCUCCUUGUCAAAUUUGUUUGUGCAUUAUUUCCAGAAAGGUUUUAUUAAUCCAUUUGAAUUCCCUAAGUUUUGUCUGCAUUGUUUGAUGUUGAUAACUGAUUUCUGUGAAAAUAAAGCAUGUUUGAAAAUGUUUAAAAAUUAUUUUCGGUCACACUUUAUUUUAAGGUCCACUUCUCACCCCUAUUAACUAUGGCUUUUGCCUCAAACU